AUGUCUAUCCCGGAAAGCAACGGCAAAACUGUCCUGGUCACAGGAAUUAACGGCUACAUCGCCAGUGUCCUCGGUUUCAGGCUCCUCACAAAGGGCUACAGUCUUCGCGGGACAUCGCGACGAGCAGCUUCAGCUGAACCGCUUCUGAAAGGACCAUAUGCAGCAUACAUUGACCGAGUCAAGAUCUAUGAAGUACCAGAUAUGACAAUCGAUGGUGCUUUUGACGAGGCCGCCAAAGAUGUUGACGCUAUAAUGCACACCGCAUCGCCAAUCAAUUUCUCUUUAACCGACUAUUCGCACUUCAUCAUACCCGCGAUAAGAGGUAACCAGGUUAUCCUAGACUCAGCUCUCAAAGCCGGUCCACAAUUAUCCUCUGUCGUCAUCACGUCCUCAGCAGCCGCUGUUGUUGAUGCAAGCAAGCCCGCGGGAUCCGUAUUCACCGAGGCUGAUUUCGCGACUUCUGCUUUGGAGAAGGCGGAGAAAGAUAAAGCUAAGGGUGUCAAGACGCCGGCUGGGGUGCUAUACAGUGCGAGUAAGAUUGCUGCUGAGAGGGAGGUUUGGAGGUGGAGAGAUGAGCAUAAACCCAAAUUUGCAAUCUCAACCAUCAACCCAUCCGUCGUAAUCGGUCCCCCAGUCUACCUCCCCAGCUCCGGCGACCAGCUAAACGAGACACUCAAACCCUUCUUUGGUGUUUUCUCCGGAUCGGCCAAAGAAAUCGGCCCCAACAUCGGCAGUGGCGGUUUCGUCGACGUGCGUGACGUUGCAUUCCUGCAUAUCUGGGCUUACGAGAAUGCGUCGAAAGCAGACGGCGAACGCUUCAAUGCAUGUCAAGGAUUCGGGCCAUUGCAGGCGGUGGCGGAUAUCUUGAGGAGAGAGUACAAGGGGACGAGUAUUGGUGAGAAGAUCGUCGUGGGUGAGCCAGGCAAGGGAUACAAAGGGUAUAAUGCGAGCACCGGGAGGAUUGAGGGACUGGAUUAUGAGGAGGGGAAACAUAGGGUGAGUGGGGAGAAGGCGCGUAGGGUGACGGGGUUGAAAUAUAUUGAUUAUGAGACGAGCGUGAUUGAGACUGCGAAGGCUUUAGAAGCGUUACUGUAG